AUGGCGAAAGGUUCGCUUUCCGAUCACAUCUACAAGUCGAGGGAAAUCGGAAACGAUCUUAAAUGGGACCAAAAGUUGAACAUUUGCUUGGGCGCGACUCGGGGUUUGGAUUAUCUUCACACGGGUACUCAACAUAGCAUCAUUCAUCGAGAUCUUAAGAGCUCGAGUAUUCUUUUGGACGAGAAUUACGUCGCGAAAAAAGAAGAUUUCGGAUAUUGCAAGAUGAGCGCCACCACGAACAAUACGUUUAUCGGCAUCAGUACUGAUUUGAAAAGCACUAACAGUUAUUUAGACCCUGAAUACUUCUUUACCCGUUGA